UCUGAAGAUGACAAUACCUUAAUCAUUGAAUUACUAUCGUUAAGUUCUUCCGUAAAAGCAACGCCACGGGAUCCAAGAUGGAUUAAAGAUGGGUCUUCCGUUUUGUCAUCAUCGGUAUACUAA